ACUCUGCUUCACUCUGUCUUUCCUACUCUGUUUCUUCUGCUCAUCUUCGUCUCUCUCUUCCCCAAACCUCAAAAAUAGAGGUUGCAGUAGAGAGACAAUAGUAAAGUAAUGGCCACCCACCUCCUCUUCUGAUCCCUUCUCUCUAUCUCUCUCUUCUGUUGUCUUUCAUUUCUUUCUCACAUUCAUCUCUCUCAGAAGGUCUGCUUCUUGCUUGGAAAGCCCAACUUGUUGAAGAAAAGCAAGAAACACCGCAGAGACACCCCCUUCAGGCUUCAGCCUCAGGAGUGUAGACUGGAGACAGAGCAAGAGAAAGGGCAGACACAAUAGGCUGCUGCUUGCUGCUAAAUGUGCCUCCUCCACCUCCCCUCCAGCUCCUUUUAUUCCUUCUCUUUCUCCCCUCAGAUCUAAAAAUCCUUACCAUUCUCCUCCUCUGCUGUUAAUUUUGACCACUACCCAGUAAACAGCCAUGAACAAAGAAGAGAUUUUGAAGAUCCAGACUUGUGUUCUAAAAGUGAAUAUACACUGUGAUGGGUGUAAGCAGAAGGUGAAGAAAAUCCUGCAGAAAAUCGAUGGAGUCUUCACCACAAAGAUUGACUCGGAGCAAGGGAAGGUGACAGUCUCAGGGACUGUGGACCCAUCGUUGCUCAUCAAGAAGCUUGCGAAAGCGGGGAAGCAUGCAGAGAUUUGGGGCUCUCAGCCGAAGCCCAAUCUCAACAACCAGCUCAAGAACCUCCAGAUUGACCCCAAGAACACCGUCAAGGGGCAAAAGGCUCACAGCAAUAAUAAUAAUCACCACCACGGCAAUCCUCCCAAGGGAAGUGGGCAGCAGCAGCAGCAGCUCCAGCAGCAGCUUCCGUUCACCCAGCAGCAGCUCCAGCAGCUUCAGCAGAUGAAGGGGUUUCAGGAUAUGAAGCUGCCUCCUCAGUUCAAGGACCUCAAGAUGCCGGGGGCCUACCCAAACCCGAACCCGAACCAGCAGAAGACCGUGAAGUUCAACUUGCCUCCUGUGGAGGAUGAGCUGAUGAGUGAUGAUGAAUUCGACGAUGAUUUUGAUGACGACGACUAUGAUUUCGAUGACGAUUAUGAUGAGUUUGAGGACGAGAUGGAUGAUUUCCACGGCCAUCAUCGCGGUGGUGGGAAUGCUAACAAGAUGAUGAUGAAGCCCGCGAUGGGUAAUAAUGGUGGCAUGGGAGGAGGUGGACCUAAUGGUCCCAAUGUCAUGCUCAAUGCUUUGAUGAAUGGUGGGAACUACCCACAGCUCAUGAAGGGUGCCAGUGGGGGUGGCGCUGGUGGAGGAAAUAAUGGAAAGAAAGGAGGUGGUGGUGGGGGUGGCAGCGCCGGAGGAGGUGGAGCUCUGCCCGUUCAUAUUGGUGGCGGUGGUGGAGAUGCCAAAAAUGGUAAUGGUAAUGGGGGCAAAAAGGGAAAUAACCAAAACCAAGGAGGAGGUGCAGGAGCCGGUAAAAAUGUCGGCGGCGGCGGGGGGAUGGCUGCUCCCAAUGCCAAGAAUGGCCAGAGCGGUGGCAGCAAGAAAGGCGGCGGCGGCGGCGGGGGUGGAGGAGGGAAUGGAGGUGGGCAUCACCCUAUGGACAAGGGUUUUCCUGGGCAUGGUGGUAAUGUUCGAGGUGGUGGCGGGAUCCCGAUUGGCCAAUUGGGCGGGAUGUCAGCCGUCCCGAGCCUAUCCACCGUUGGCGGCGGCGGCCAAGGGUACUUUCAAGGCGGCGGGGGUGGACCAGAGGUUGGUCCGGGCAGCAAUCCUUACCUUCAGCAGCAGUAUCUGGCAGCUAUGAUGAACCAAAGAGCUGCUGCAAUGGCCGGUGGUGGUGGCGGCGGCGGCGGCGGCGGCGGAGACCCGAGGUUCCAACCCAUGAUGUAUGCCCGGCCCGCCCCAGCAGUCAAUUACAUGCCACCGUACCCGUACCCAUAUCCAUAUCCGCCUCCUCAUUCGGAUCCUUACACCCACGUCUUUAGUGAUGAGAACACAUCAAGUUGCAGUAUUAUGUGAAGAAAAUAAUAAUUUGGUGUAGCUAUAAGUCAAGUCAUCACAUGGAAAUCGGUAUUUCUUUAGAGUUAAUUACUUUAUUUUUAGUCCUCUUUUGGGUAAUUUUUCCUUUAUCCCAAGUAUAAUUAAUUUAGGGAUGUAUUUUAUUUUAAUAGGGGGAAUCAUAAUUAUUAUAUAAUAUAUAUGAAGUUCUUCUGGGGAACUCUGAGAUGUCAGUUGGGGACAGGGCUUGUUUUCUUUCCUUUGCUUUAUUUACUGUGAGCUAUGAGAUGAGAUGUUUAUAAAAUGUUUAUAUCCUUUUAUUUAUCAGAUGAUGAAAUAAUAAAAUAAUAUAUAACACUA